UCUAAUCUCCACCACCAACAUGGUUGAUUUAACGCCUAUAGCCAAGUACCGAGCGCCCGAUUUCACCAACGAACAUGAGAUUGGGGUUGGUGAUGGGCCUCAUACCACAGACGGAAAAACCACCCAGAUUUCAGACGUCGUUAUCAAGGCUGGAGGUCAAGAUCGAGAUAGACCUACAGAGGCUUCUAACAGCUCUUUAGGACAGUUGAGAGCUAAAUUAACCAGUUUACAGGACAACAUCAACAUAUUCUUGACGGAGCGCAUGAAGUAUGCCAAAGAACAGGACUCCAAGGAUAUCGAAAGACGGAUUUUGGAUGAUGGAGUAGAUGAAGAUGAAAGUGACUAAAUCCAUUAGAUCAUUUAUGAAUUAGAUACGAAAUAAAUAAUCAACUAAGAUGAUAAUAUACAUGUAGCGUGAGCAGUUAUCCGGACUUUCCCAGCACCAACUUGGUCAUGUGGUCUAUAGUAUUCUUUAACGUGGUCUCCAAGUACCGUUGUUUGGUCUGUAAGCUUUUUUUGCUAUCCAAAAACUCUUUUUCGUCAUUGGACACCCCUUUCAAAUAAGUAUUGACAUCUGUGGCCACAAAUGCCUUUCCUACGCCUUUCCACACCUUCUCAUCACUUGCAGUAUCACAAACCGCAUUCAAGGACUUGGUGGUUUGCUUGAUCAUAUUCAAAUUGGUUUCCACUCGGCUCAACUGUAAGUCGCACAUGGACAACUCGGCCCUCGACUUGUUGAGCUGGUUGUCCAUCUCAAGUAAGAGCUUCUGCAACGCUUCGGGAUUCAUAGACAUGCUAGUUUUUGGUAACUUCCCACCCUUGCAUGCCAGCCAAGGAACGGUGAAUGGGUUUGCACCCACCGCCAAACCUUUGGGAGUUGACAAAACCCUUGAGAAUAAUAUCAUAAGUGACACCAACCGGUUGUCCAAGACAAUGACUAAGUUUUGGGACAAGGUCGAUACUUCCUACAACGAGGAUAUCAAAAAGUACGAGAUCCAAUUGGAUGGGAAGACCUUGAAAACCCCCUUGGGAUUCCCCUUGGCUUUGCCGGAAGAUAAAAAGUACUUUGCCCAUUUGAUCCAACACGAGUGGAGUAAUUUACCCAACUUGAAGAUCCAAACCAACUCCAUGCCUUUAACUUCGAUUGCCGCCAGAUCCAUCGACUUGCAGGCUGCUCAUGAGAAAUUCGAAGAAGACCGUGACUUGGCUGCCAAAGUUGGAAGAUUAGAGGAUGUCAAGCUCAACAUGUUGAGGUACUUGGAUACCGAUACAUGUCUUAUUUUCACCACUUUGGAUGAGUACGAAGGAAAGUUGAGGGCCAAGCAAGAUGAGUUGUACCUUCCCUUAAUCGAAGAACACGAGGACUUCUUCACCAAAUGGGCCUUACAAAGAGGAAACCUUUUACCCUCUCAUGAUGCUAAAGUCACUUUACAAUAUUUAGACUGUGAGACCGACGGCUUGCGAGGAAACCGUCAGACCAUCACUACGCAGAAUGUGGUGUUGGACUGGGUAAACCACUUGUCAACGUUUGAGUUGGUGGCCUUAGAGAAGGCCAUCUUGACCUCCAAAUCUUUUCUUUGUGGACUCAGUUUAUUAAGGUCCAGCGUUUCAAGCCCAGAAAAGCAACAACAGUUGUACCAGGUCAACAAAGACAAGCUUGAAGACCACUACUUCAAGACUAUUGACGAAAUCAUUGAACUUGGAAAUCUUGAAACCAUUUUCCAAACCAACCUCUGGGGUGAAGUUGAAGAUACCCAUGAUGUCGAAAAGGCCGAUUGGUUGAGAAGCUUGACAAGUGCCGCCCUAUUGUGUCAUUGAGGCAGAAAGUGUAAAUAUGACCUACAUGUAUAUAUCAAUAAACAAAUAUUCAUAUCUGACAAGGCCGAAAUGUCAGGGACUCGCAUUUCCAUCCCGCGCAAUAGAAGAAGAAGUUGUUUACUGACAACGAACUUAUUAUUUUGUCCCACCUGCAACAGUCCAGCUUAAAGGUACAUUCAAGUAGCAGAAGUCCAAAAAGUGGCUACUAAGCGUGAACUUGAAUACUCCCCUACCCCCGUUAGCCCUCCUAGAGCUUUUUACAACCAUAUCUACUCAGGCUUUUAUCUUGACGCGUUGACACAAGGGUUCGUCGAAACAGUUCCACAAGCCAUGGCAAGUGCAAUGGUGAUGACCACAAACGGUAAUGGACGAGUGAAACAAGAAGAACAAAACGAUGUUGUUCAUCCCUCACAAGAGUCGGAACAACAUAAUCCUACCCCCAGUAAAUCACAAGACCAUCCUACUUGGGAAAACCA